GGUCACUACUACAGCUUUGCCGUAUGUUCACUAUUCUGUCAGGUUCUAUAGAUUCUUCUAUAAGGUGCUGGGACUGUCGAUCCCGCAGACCGGAGGCCAUACAGAUAAUGGAUGAAGCAAAGGACGGAAUCUCCAGCAUCAAAGUGUCCGACCACGAGAUCCUGGCUGGGUCUGUGGAUGGGAACCUGCGUCGCUACGACCUCCGGGCAGGAGUGAUGUGUGCGGACUACGUUGGCAGUCCCAUUACAUGUGUUAGUUUUAGCCAAGACUCCCAGUGUCUCUUGGCGUCAUCGCUGGAUUCCUGUCUUCGCCUCCUGGAUAAGGACACAGGAGAACUGCUUGGAGAGUAUUCCGGGCACCAGAACACAAGCUAUAAACUGGACAGCUGCCUCAGCGAGAAGGACACACAUGUAGUGAGCUGCUCCGAGGAUGGUUCAGUCUGCUUCUGGGACCUGGUGGAGGGUUCCCUCGCACUCAAGCUCCCGGUCAGUAAAGGAGUCAUACAGUCGCUCUCCUAUCAUCCCACUGAACCAUGUCUACUGACCGCCAGUGAGGGAGAAGUCCAGCUUUGGAGGGGUGAGGCACCAGAGGAGGGCGGUAGCAGCGGAUCACAAUAACAGUGCAGGAUUAUAGUAAAGCUGCAGAACAGUCCUUCACCUUAACUGGAUUGGCAUCCAUGCGGAUCUUUCCCCAGGACACAGCCUCAUCUGGUCUGGCUCCAGCAUCCGACCCAUCAAAUUCUUGAGCAGUGUUCACAUAAACAGCGUAAUCUGCACCAUUCCUCUGUUAGAGGGCGACAGUAAAGUGCUAUAAAAACUGCAUAUGAAGAAACUUUCCAGCCUGAUGCACAUAAAGCUUACUUUAUAAUACA